CACUUUAGAAUCAACAAAUUAGAAUUGAUUUUGUCUUUUGAAAAAAAAAAAAGUCCAUUGUUUAUGUAUGUGUUGAUAGUUUUUAGUUACAAGGUGUGGAGUGCUAAAAGGCAAAACAUUCAUAGAACUGUAAAAUAGACAUGUUUCAUUUAUUCCAAGCCACACAUUUUUAGAUCACCUCUAAAAACAAGAAAAACUUUGCAUGUUGUAUUAAUCUUUAAAAAAGGAAAUAAUGCUUAAUGAGGCUUAAUGCAUCAAUACAAUGGUUUUGGUGGACAAAUGGCAUCACUGUUUUAACUCAUUUUUAACGCAAAUGUUAUAUAAUGUGAAGUUGUGUUUGGCAGACUUCUUAUUCAUGUGUUAUAAAUAAUCUAAUCUUAUGUUUUGCAUCUAUCAACUUCAAAAACGAAGGAAAACUGAAAGUGCUUUCAUGUAAAAAACAGUUCCUGGAUAAUCAAUAGAAAGACAUUACUGCAUGGUUAUUUAAUAUAUAAAACAAUGUGCAUUGUGAUAUAUACUCUAAAGUUUCAUAGCAUUAUAUUGAUUUUCCUAGUCUAAAAUAACAGGGUAAUUCUUCUGGCUCGCGCACAGGAAUGUCCAUGUGGUACAUUAGUAGAGUUUGCAAUCCAGAUUGCGGCUGCGAAAGAGGGAGCAGAUGAUUUCUGUGCUGUACGGACAGAGUGAAUGUGUUUCUUUUUGGUUAUCCACAUCAUUUCCAGCUGUUUAAAACAUUGUGUUUUCAUGUUGGCAGCAUUGAUUAAGUGGCCACUAGAGUAUCAUCCUUUGCCACAAGAGGGCCAGUGACCCUUCUGAGCUCCCAUGUGUCCUUUAAAGGGCCAAACUCUUCAUUGUUUAUGUCAAAGGGAAGUCUUUAACAGAGGAAAAUAAUCUGAUUGAAAUUUGAGAAGAAAGGCCAGUCACCUCAGAUACCUGCUUCAAAUUACCUGUAAGACCAACAUUCCACUUCCCACUCACGCUUGCAUUUUAACACUCCAUGUCAACCGUCGGUCUUUCUUUUGAUGGAAUGUUAAAGGAAAUUAGAUGCACACAUUUCCCCCCCAUUCACGCUCAGUCCAUGCAGUUUUUUAAAAAUGCUGCGUAGUUUUGCUGAAGAAUCUCUCAGGGGCGCAGCAGUAAAAGUGUCAAGUGUCUCAAGUUGUUGAAAUUCUUUCUUCCCCCGCCCUUGUCUAGAGUGAGUCAGUGGCAUCUGACUAGCUGUAUUUUGAUCUUUGCAUCUGAUCUGGAGGAGACUCUGUUAUCUCAGGUAUUUUAUCCUGUCUUAUGACGCAUUGCACCUGAUCAAGUGAUACCUGCAUGUGUUACUUUGCCAGUACUGUAUAUGGUAAGAAUCAUUCAUAGGUAUUUUCAGAAAAACAGUUCAUCUUGACAGAUUUUUUAAAAAGAAAAAUUUCCAAUGAUGCAGAAAAUGCUUUCGAGGGUUUUUCUAUGAGAGAACUGCUUUCUGAAUGUAGCCAUUCCCGUAUUUGAGCUGUGAAGGGGGCAGAAGUGGAAGCAUUGUUGUGGAACUGCAGGAUGUCCUGAGGAAGAAGUCAGCGUUCCAUUGCAGGGGCCACUGAGCCGCCCGCCUGCAUUCAGAAGCAGAGAGGUAUGCACCAGGAGCCACGCACCUCUCAUGCUCUCGUCUCCAGUGCGGUCUUCUCUGCUCACUUCGUAGCUCUGAGUAUGAGUGGCAGUUGAGGGUGGGGAUUCCCAUUCCGUGGACAGUCGCUACAUUUUGCGUGACCAACCAAAAAAAAAAAUCGCCCAUGCGGAACUGGAAACUACAGAUGAUGUUGCUUUUUUUAUGGCCUCGUCACUUUUUCUUGUAUGUGAAGAGAAAAAGUGGAAGUCAAGCUCCAUUGAAUCAUUGUGAACUAGGCUGUGGCAUUAGUUCCUGAAGUUCUGGGCGAGUUUUGCCUGUCGUUAAUCUAUGCUUUACCAUAACGAUUCUGGAUAUGACUGCAAGUGCAAGUUAAAGAAGUUGGCGUUAACGUCAAGGAAGUCAAUAAAGAAAGCAAAGACACAAUAUUUGGCGAGAUACACGCAUCGAUCGAUACUUUGGCAUUCACUUUUGGCAAUGUAGUGUCUGACUUCCUUAUGGGAGAUGUGGACAGUAGCUCCAGGUUGGGGUACCCCCAAGCCAGAAGAAGUUGUUCUUUUGAAAACCUCUCUGAAGAUUCAGGAGGCUGCAGUCAAAAGGAUCUGGCAGAUCCUGCUGUGUUCCCAGAGCUGUCCACUGUAGAGCAGGUGGACCUUCUUCUGCUGAACAAUGACAGUGGAGUAGAGUCUGCUUUGCUCUAUGCCAAGGCCUGGUCCAAAUACACCAAAGAUGUGCUGGCCUGGGUGGAGAAACGCCUCAGCCUGGACAUGGAAUGUGCCAAAAGCUUUGCCAAGAUGGCAGAAUCCGCAAAGGCAGUGGCAAGUCAGCAGGACUUUAUGCCGUUCCGGGAUAUUUAUGUCUCUGCCUUUAAAAAUGAGAUUGAGUACAAUCAGAUUCUGCUCCACACAUCUGCUUCUCUACAAACCAACAAAUUCAUACAGCCACUGCUGGCCCGCAAGAACGAUCUGGACAAGCAGAGGAAAGAGAUAAAGGAACAAUGGCAAAGAGAGCUAAAGAAAAUGAAUGAGGCUGAGAGCGCUUUGAAGAAGGCUCGGCUGCUGAAGGUGCAGAAGAGGGAGGAGUACGAGAAGGCACGCAGCUCCACCAGCCGCACCGAGGAGGAGCAGCCAACAGCAGGAGGCAGGACUCUGGAGAAGAAACGGAGGGUGGAGGAAGAGGCCCUACAGAAGGCUGAGGAAGCACACGAGCAGUAUAAAGCCUGUGUGGCCGAUCUAGAGGCGAAGAAGGUCAGCCUGUCAAACGCUAAGAGUGAGAUCCUCGCUCAAAUUCGGAAGCUGGUCUUCCAGUGUGACCUGACCCUCAAAGCGGUGACAGUGAACUGGUUCCAGAUGCAGCAGGCUCAGACCCAGCCUCUCUCAGUCAACUACCAAGCUCUAAAUGAACAGGCCAAAAAGUAUGAACCAGGCCAGUGCUACUCUGAGUUCGUUUGCAGCCUGCCUAAAGAACGUGUGUGGCUGGAGUCUCUGUCUCAGGACAUUACAGCUUCCUCAAAAACGGGAAUGUCCCUUCAUAAGAGGUCUCAGAGCAGCACCCGCUCAUCCCAUGGGAACCUGUCGCAAGGCUCUGUUACUUCUGCAGAUAACCACAGCGUAGAUGGGGUUGAGGGUACCGUGCAACCUUGCAAGGCCAAGAUCGCAGAGAGGCGGUCCAAUAGCAGUUUAGACAUGCAAGCGUUAAGGACGCAGGGCUCCCAGCGAGCCUGGAGCUCAGGCAGUGCCGGUGGAGGAGGGAUGUGCAGUGACUCAGAGAGUGCUGGAGGAAGCAGUGAGUCUCGCUCGAUGGACUCCCCCACAGCUAGUCCAGGGGAUUUCAAACGCAGACUUCCCAGAACUCCCUCAACUGGUACCAUGUCUUCUGCAGAUGACCUGGAUGAGAGGGAACCACCCUCACCAUUAGAUAAUGGCCUUGCUGAAAUGGUGAUGGAAACAGCCAGUUCUCCCGGCCCUUUUCGUAAUACUCAGAUGUCAAAAGCGGCACAAACUCACAAGUUGCGGAAACUGCGAGCGCCUUCCAAAUGCAGAGAGUGUGACGGGCUGGUGGUGUUUCACGGGGCUGAAUGUGAGGAGUGCUCUUUGGCCUGUCAUAAGAAAUGCCUGGAGACUCUUGCCAUUCAGUGUGGUCAUAAGAAGCUCCAGGGCAGACUGCACCUGUUCGGUAUUGACUUCGCCCAAGUAGCUAAGAACAGUCCUGACGGCAUCCCCUUCAUCAUCAAAAAAUGCACCUCAGAAAUCGAGAGUCGUGCCCUUAACAUUAAGGUGAAGAAUCGAGAUGCAACUGAAAGGAAUUUGUUUAAUUCAAUGUUUGUGAGUCAUUUUGUGAGUGACGCCUAUUUUCGGUUCAUUUCGGGCAUUUAUCGGGUGAAUGGGGCGAAGUCUCGUGUGGAGAAGCUGUGCCAGGCCUUUGAGAAUGGAAAGGACUUAGUGGAGCUUUCGGACCUCCACCCACAUGACAUAAGCAACGUGCUCAAGCUUUACCUGAGACAGCUGCCAGAACCACUGAUUCUGUAUCGGUAUUACAACGAUAUCAUCGGGCUGGCAAAAGAGACUCAAAACAUGGAGGAGACUGACUCAACUAAAGAGAAAUCACCAGGAGAGCAGCUGUGCCUCAGUAUUGAGCUUAAAAGAGUCCUCUUCAAAAUCAGAGACCUCCUUCGCCAGCUUCCAGCGGCGCACUACAAAACCCUGCAGUUCCUCAUCACCCAUCUGCACAGAGUGUCAGAGCAAGCUGAGGAGAACAAGAUGACUGCUAGUAACCUGGGUAUCAUCUUCGGUCCCACACUCAUCAAGCCCAGGCAGUUGGAGGCAGAAGUGUCGCUGUCCUCUCUGGUUGACUACCCCCACCAAGCCCGCAUGGUGGACCUGCUCAUCAGGCACCACCAGAUGAUCUUUGAUGUCCCCCUCAGCCCUGUGUCUCCCACCAGUCCGACAGCACCACAGCCAGCGCUCAGCCGCCACUUCCAAUCUCUCAUGGAUAUCAAAGAGAGUGCCAAAGUCUACAAGAGACACUCGUCUGUGAUUACCUCUGUACAGCUGAUGGAGAAAGUGAAGGAGAAAGUGAAGGAGAUGAAGACAGGGGAUGAUAAAGGGCAAACACCUGCAGGUGAGGGCUCAGAUGUCAAUGGGGUUGGCUCAGCUCCUGUAGACGUGCAGAAGUCCACAUCUGGUGCCAGCAGCCGAGUGGUGCAACUACGUCCUCAGCGCACCAAGCCGGUGUCUCGACCCAUCAGCAUGCCCGUGGAGCGACUGCUCAAUGAGCGCAACAGUCGCAACACAGAAGAGCGUGAACACUCGCCGGCCGCCAUUCAGGAGACCACCGAACCGGACAAGCCUUUGACACCACGCCUCACCAGCUAUUACAGAAACCCCUUCAUCGACACACAGACACUGAGGAGGACCUGGGACAGACAGUACAGGCAUUAUGAUGUGACGCCCAGAACUGCAAUGAUAGUGGCCAACCUGCCAUCCUCUGGUGUGCCAAAACCAUCAGAGAUUAGCAUUGUACCCCAAAGCAGCACCAAUAGAAAAGAUGGUACAAGCCAGUCAGGAGGGGCUCCAAUAUCCUUCCGAGCACCACGGACACUAAAACCCCCUCCUGGAACGUUCUAUAGACCUCCAUCAGUAAGCCAAAUCAGGCCAUUUGACUCGCUGGCAAAAACCGUUUCAGCAGCAACAACCACUACCACAGGAGCUAUAUACACAACAUCCCUUACCAUAUUUACAACAGCGGCCACCUCGACAGUUUCGACAGUCUCCACAGCCGUCACGACUCCCCCAACCACACCAACAACAUCAGUGACUAGCGCUCUAACAGCCAAGCCGACCUUUACCACAGUAAUGAGCACUGUAUCAGGAGCAGAGGAAGGUCUGUCAGAGAAUGACUCCAUCAGCCCCGUCACACUCUCUCCGCCUCAGUCUCCAAGCUCCAGCGCAGAGGAGCUCAGCCCUACAGACGCCAAACCCCUCUAUCAGAGACGCAGUCGCCGAAAGCAAGAGCUAGAGCAUCGAGAGGCCCAUUUUGUUUAAAAAAAAUGCCCUCUUGUAUCGCUUGGUACAGUAUCCUAUAUGUGACACUCAGAAAGUGACUGAUUCCUCCACAGGCCUCACAAGGUCAAUUCUAAUAGUCUAGUCGAUCUGUCUACGGCUUUAUGUAUAUGUAUUUGUAUGUAAACUGUCAUUUUUGUGCCAUACUGUAUAUAUGAAAAUUGUUUUAAUAUCCCUUUGAGAAAGGGCAAAAAUAUUAGGAGAGAGGUGAAACGUCUGUAUGAAAUUUUCUCUCUUUAAGCUACUAUUUGAGCCAGAAAUAUCAGCAGAGGUCCAAAACAUUUGUGACAUUCGCUUAUCCAUAAGUGAGCACUCUUUUAUGUUAUUUUCAGAUGUUGUUUCUGAACAUUUAUGCCAAAUGUGUCUUAUUCUUAGUAUCUCCUUCACAGUGAUGAGAUGAGACACUUCUAUAUCAGUAAAUAAUCAGCUAUAUUAAUGUGUUAAUAAAAUCAAAAGUUCUGUGUAAUAAUUGUAUAAACUCAAAAGGAAUGUGUAAAGUAUUGUCUGUAAAUUCAUUGCUCAUUUUGAUGCACUUGCUAAGCCUAACUUUUUAACAUGCAUUCAUCACUGCCCUUGCAUGAUGUAAUACAGUCACUGCAGGCUGUUUUAUUUGUUUUAUAGUUUGUCUCUUGGAAACACUCCUGCUUGUGUGUGUUUUAGGCUGCAUAAGUGCAUCUGUUUGUUUUAUUUCAGAGUUAUAUAUGCAUUUGUUUACAUUUUUACACAUAACCUGCUGCCAUAAACGUACAUCUAUACAAACAAUUCUUGAAGACAUGCAACGUUUGCAGAUUAAAUAUUUAGUUAAAACUA